AUGUCCUCCGAGCAUUCACAGUCAAACUUACAGGAUCACUCCAGUGAGGGCAGUAGUUUUGACCUAUCUAAGGACCCAGCCUUGCAGCAGCGAUUUGGUCUUUUGUCCACUUCUAUUGAGCCUGUGCAGCCGCCGGCGUUCCAGCAAGGCAUAUUUGACAACUCGACUUCCUCUUGGUCAUUGAUUACUAGUCCAGUGCCGGCUCUGAAAACAGCCUCUUUAUCUUCAUCGGCUCCUUACUUCUCACCUCCACAAGACUCCACUAUUGCCUUGCACUCUACUCCUCUCCCUCAAUCAUUACAUGAUCAAGAUCCUUCCUAUUCUGAACAUCCACAUUCAGAAUCCUCUUACUCAAACCCUUCCCACUCUGAACAAUUCUCCGAGCAAGGUAUCCAAUUAUCUAUUAAACAAGAAAAUUACGAAGAUCGAUUGCCUACGGAGCAUCCACGCGGCCUUGGGAUAACAACAGACCCUAUGUCAGUAGCAUCAGAAGCAUACUUCGCUGGCCCAAUGCAGCCAAACUCUCAGCACUACGGCUGGCCCAACCGCCCAUAUCAACCGUUGCAGCCUUCAUCGGGAAAUAUGUAUCAGCAAUUUCCCCCGUCACAGUCAUAUCCUUCAUCAUGCUUUUCUCCUGCCUACGGCAGCCAUACCACCGGGCCGAUUAGUGGCUACCAUGAGUCGCAUGCCUCACCUUCAUACCUCCCUGGGCCACCUGGUAGUGCUCGACAAAAUCAUUCCCGCAGUCCUUCGAUAGCUCGUCCUUUUCCUCCUCACUCAGCCGCUGGCGUUUCCGAACAGCCUCUCAUGAACUCACCCCCUCCUUAUAUGAUUAACCAACCUGCUUAUUAUCUCCCCGAAGCACCCUCAAUCCCUUCAUCUCACCACUCCCCUAUGGGCUCGCAAGCAUCUUCAAUGGUGACAGAUUCUGUUUUUUCUCCCUCCGAAUCAGUCCAGGGAUCCGACAAUGAACGCCAAGUCCGUGUUGUAAGUUCAAGGCCCCGACCGCAAUGCUGGGAUCACGGAUGUAAUGGUCGUGAGUUCUCGACUUUCAGCAACCUUUUACGACACCAACGUGAAAAGUCUGGAGUGGUUGCCAAAGCCGAGUGUCAUAUAUGUGGAGCAGUAUUCACACGAACAACUGCAAGAAAUAUCCAUGUUGCACAAGGCAAAUGUAAAGCAUCGGGCGGCGAACCAUCAGCGGAGUAG